ACGAUUCAGCAUGUGAAACGUCGCGAUCGAGAUUGAAAUAUCGCAGGACAAGCGAAACAAGUGAAUUUGAAAUUUAAACGCAUAAUGUUGUGGUAACGUAAAAAUAAGUCUACGAGAAAGAAAUGUGGAAUAGAGUGGAGUAGAAUAAUUAUUGCGACUUUGGUGUCUAUCGGCGGUAGUUUCAGUUUGUAUAGUUUUGUGGUUAGCAUAACGGUUGGUAUGGUAGGGUGGCUGUGGAUUCGGCUUUAAGUGGACGCGUCGGUAGGGAUGCGCAGUAGUCUAGCGACUGGAGUGUACCUGGUGGCCAUGGUCCAAUAGAACAUUCCAUUGGAUCCCCACUACGGACUAGCGUCGUAGUCGGCGACGCCCUACUCCCGAGGAGACGACGCCGUCGGUACGAUCGUGUCCCCACCCUAGUGAACGUCACCCCCCGCAGGGGGCAACCCCGGCCAAGAGAGAGCGAUCCGUAACAACUAAAGUUCUCGUGAAAAGUUGAGCUGCUCUCUCCUACACCCUCCCGAGGAAUAAUAGCGGCCCGUUUUACGCGUCCGUCUGUCUGUGUCCGUCGACGUCGUCCUCGUCCUCGUCCACGUCGACCUCGACGUCGACGUCGGCGUCGGCCACCACGAGAGAUCUCGGGUACGAGCUCACGGCUAUAUCCAAUCUCGUCUUCCUGUGUCACGGAAUCUCGUUGACUCCUGGACGACGCCACCCUUGUUCACGGGGACAGUCACCGAUCGACCGGGGAUUAAACGUCAGGAUCUUCUACGGGUAUAUCAGAACCCUGUUCAUACGGCUGGACGUGGGGCGUCGGCGUCGGCGUCGGUCGACCUUGUCUUCGGGGACGGCGUCUUUGCGCCCAGGGUCCCCGUAGUUCUGGGCCCUGUUGGUGAUGUGGCCCAACAGCCUGGGUGGAACGUCCGGUUGCAGCGGGGGCGCCGGGGCGACCGAAUUGGGGGGCCUUGCUGCGGCUUCCUCCACAUCAGCAUCGGAACUCUUUGGGCCUGCAGGGUUCGGUGCUACCGCUGCUGGGCCUUACGGGGCACUGAAGACCAAUCCUUACGUCAGUGCACUAGGCAUGCCACCGAUCGAGGCCCUCCAUUCCAGCAUUGGUUAUCCCGGUUGCACCCCUGCCGGUAAUCCGAGAAAGCAGCGAAGGGAGCGGACGACCUUUACCAGGGCGCAGCUAGACGUGCUGGAAGGCCUCUUCUCUAAGACUAGGUAUCCCGAUAUCUUCAUGAGGGAAGAAGUCGCCCUUAAGAUCAAUCUACCGGAAUCCAGGGUUCAGGUAUGGUUUAAGAACAGGCGCGCCAAGUGCCGUCAGCAACAAAAGCAACAGCAGCAGCAACAAGACAAGGCGCCGCGCUCGAAGAAACCCUCGGGGAAUCCUGCGAGCAAUCCUCCUCCUGGUAAAAGUCCUUCGAUAGCCACGACACCCACACCCGCUGCUGCUGUGCCCGCCACGACACCUUUGAGUGGAGGUACCAGUGGCUCCGCGGCAAGUUCACCAGCCUUGCUAAGGGAUUCACCCCAGUACAAACCAGCUGGAACUGCUACCAGUCUGCUUCUAGCAGCUAGUACGACCCCACCGAGUUUGGGUGGUACCGUCUAUAGCAGCGGGGGUAGCAGCAGCAGUAUUUGGAGUCCUGCUGUCACGGAGGGUGGCGGUGGAUUUCCCGGUGACCAUCAGAGGCUAGCCUGGACAACAACAACGACACAGCAACAAUGCUACCAAAAUUAUUCGUCCUAUUAUACAAACAUGGAUUACUUAUCACCGGCAACACACCAACUAAACGUCGUGGAUGGCAGUGGAAGUGGUUUGGAUAACACGUGGAGUAAAACGAGGGAUGAGAGUGCCUCAUCUUGGUUUUAUAACAGCGCCGGAUGGGGCGAUCGAAAGUGAAAUCUUGCCAAAAAUAACUUGAGAAACAAGAGGAUGGCCUAGGUACAUAUCAUCGACAAUAGGAAGGAAAAAUGAUAACUGAGUGCCAAAAUCGGCCAAAGAAGAGGAGAGCGAGUAUUUUUCAAAUAGGGAAUAUGUCGCACUUUCCCCUGGGAACAUAUCGGUAUCCUUCUAGGGAAUUUGAACAGAAUUAAUUACCGUGAUUCUGUGGAUCAAAACAAAAAUCAGUAUGUGGAAGGUGCGAGACACGGCCAAAUAUAUUAUGCAAUAGGCGACGCUAGUGUAAAUAAUAUAAAUAACAGACGAACUAGAUAAUUCUUUCGCUCGUCAUCGAGCAUCGUGACCGGCACGGUUUUCCUGAAUUUUAAUUGAAGAAAAAAAAUGAUUCCUUGUUUUUUUUCUUUGAAAAUUCUACCUGAAACAUUGAAAACUUCGUCAGUUGCAUCUCGCAAUACGGUUGUCACUUUAAUGAGAGUGAUGUGCGUGAAGUUUUGCGGAGCGAUGAAUUAUUUAACUUAGACGAUAUGAAAAAAGUCUAUAAUAAAAUAAAAGGUAUAUAUAUACAUAAAUAAAUAAAUAUAUAAAUAGGGAUGUACGUGAUUGUUUAGUUUGUUAUUAUAAAUAAUAUUAAUGAGGAUAAUAAUAACGAUAUGGAAACAACACAACGACGUGCAUAUGUCAUAAA